UUCUAGCUUCUGACCUUGUCUUCAGCCCUACGCCACGCAAUGGCGCGGCGGUGGCUGUUCUGGGUCUUUUUCCUGCUUUGGUGGGAUCCAACUGCUGCUCGACCUUCGCCAAAGUACUUUAGCAGUGGUGACAAGGCCAAGUAUGCAGCGUGCGCCUUUGAUGUUUGGGGCGCUGUGGACAGUCUAGGCUUUGCCGGCCUAAACAUCAACGCAGCCUCGAAGGAAUGCAAGACGCAAAACAGCGAUCUGUCCAAGACGGUUUGUACUGCGGCGGUAGCAGGCGUUCAUGCAACUUUCGCUGACGUGGCUUCGUUCCUGUCUGCAUCGGCCUCCGACUGCGCAGAAAACUUGAACAAUGAGGCUUACUGUGCUGCAGAUUCUUCUGGCCUGGUUUCGGCCCUGGCGAACAUCGCAGGCUCUGCAGCGAAUAUGCAUGCGGCUUGCCCCAGAAGUCAUUUGAACAUCCGUGAUGAGAUCGGCAUCAAUAUUGACCGACGGCUCAGCGAGUUCAAACACUUGAAGGACCUGAACAACAUAACCGACCGUUUGAUCAAAGAUUUGCCGGCGGCACCAAUACAAAAGCAGGAGGAGGCUGAGAAAAAGGAGUUCAGAAAGACCUUGGACAAGGUGUAUCUGGUGAAACAUGAGGCGCUCUCCGAUGCCCGCAAAGCGGAAAUCACCGAGUGCGUUUUCAACUCACACUUUUCAGCGCAACUCUUGGGCCGGGCAAUUUUGGCAAUCAAUGCAGGUGCACAGGAUUGCACUGACUUCAACUUCAAGGUCAAUGGUGAAGUGGGUCAAAAAGUGUGUGCCGUGGAUCUGGGAGGUGUGAUUGGCUCCUUUGUGUCUAUGGGGCAAUUCCUCUCAGCCUUGUCGUCCAAGUGCACCGGGAAGAGCGAUACCCAUGCAGACUGCACAUCUGCAGCUUUCAAUGUCAUUGGAGCGAUCGAUGCCCUGGCAGUGGUCGGCGCAAGCUUUCCGCUAACCUGUGGGGGCGAGGGCUCUGAACUUGACUACAAGGAGCUGAUUCUUCCGUGAUUUCGCUCGCAUGCCUCCCAAUUAAACAGUUCAAGGCUCGUGCAUGUUGGAGCUUGAAUUGACC